AUCCGUCUUUGUUCGCUCGAAAACGUUGAUCGAUUCAAACAUACAUUUCAAAAUCUUCUUUUCUCAACACAAAAUGACGAAAGGCCACGAAAUAAAAUUUUAUAAAAAAGAAAUAAAUAUAAGGCAAGUGAUUAAAGACCAGGCCCUGCAAGACACCGAUGAUGCGUUGUAUGUCUGUGAUAUAAAUGAUUUUCGCAGGAAAUAUGAAAUAUGGGAUCAACUAAUGCCUGGAAUUAAACCCCAUUAUGCUGUCAAAUGUAAUGAUGAUAUCAUGGUUAUUAAAACCCUGGCUAAAUUGGGCGCCAAUUUUGAUUGCGCUUCGAUGGGUGAAAUAAAACUGGUACUGGAUGCAAAUGUUGAACCAGAACGCAUCAUAUUUGCCAUGCCUUGUAAACCUUUGACGCAUUUAGCCUACGCAAAGGAGAAUGGAGUUAUAACCAGUACAGUUGAUUCUGACUUUGAAAUUUUAAAGAUACAUCGUCAUUUUCCCGAGUCAAAUCUGGUAAUACGAAUACGUUGUGACGCUACCGAUGUGAAAUUGUCGUUUGGUGAAAAAUUUGGCUGCAAUGCUAAAACCGAGGCUCCUGCCAUAAUGUUAUUGGCCAAGGAAUUGAAAUUGAAUGUAAGUGAUUUUAUAACUAAAUCAGGUGAAAACGAACGAAAAUUGUAAGAAGUUAGGUGUAUA